UGCAUUGUGUCCCUCCAAAAUGCUGAGGAGGGGAAUGCAAACAGGGACGACUGAGAGAGUAACAGCGCCCAUCCUCCUCUCCUGCUCACAUGACUGUGAUUAGAGCCAAGGAGGAGGAGGAGGAGGAGGAGGAGGGUGCACCGAAGAGGGAGCAACAUCCAUGCGUUACACAGAUUCUAUCCAGGAGUUAAGCUCGUCUUCCCUCGUCUGCUUCUUUGGGUGUCAGGUAUGAGGCUGCGACAGUGGUGCAUUAUGGGGCUGACUGUGCUGCUGCUGCUGUGUGAGAUCGCCGUCAGUCAGCUGUGUAAGUCUCUCAUCACCAUGGUGGACGGCUUCCAUACACUUUUCAUCCUUUUCCACAUGGUUCUCCACCAGACUGAGGGCUUCGACAAACCUUGCACCCGCUCCUCUGCGCUUGCCUUCUCCUCCUCCUCCUCCUUCUCCUCAUCUUCAUCCUCUUCCUCGGGGGCUCUUCCUCCUCCUUCACUGUCAGGUCCACCUGCCGAACUUCCACCCAGAGCCCAGUCUGCGGGAGAACAGCCCCGCCAAGACCCGGCUGCACCGAUUGACUCACAAAAACAUUUUUCCCCAGCAGCUCCGAGCUGCGGCCUGUCGUUCCCCGACAGCCGGAAGCGGGCUCUGGGUGUUUUCAUUUCCCACCUCCUCCUGGUCUCUCUGUGCGUCGCCUACUUCUUGGAAAUCAUGGGCUUCAUGGUGAAGCCCCACCCGGUUCACCACCCCCUGCUGCCAGUGGUGGUUGGAGCUGGCAGUCUGCUCCAUAAGAUGCUGCUGUUUGUCCUGGACUGGGAUGAGCUGCUGGAUAAGAAGGCGGGAAGCUGCAGGCGGCGGGCGGAGACUCAACCUCCCCUUGAAAUGAACUACAAAGUCUACGCUGCCGAGGAGUCCCAAGGCCAAGACGAAGAGGAGCUCUCUGUCCCGUCCAAAGUUCAAACUGCAGCACACCACUGUCUCCACAGCGGGGCACUUGUCCUCUGUAAUCCAGGAACUCCCAACCUGCCUCAACACGACUGCAGAACGGAGCUUCAGCUGCAGGAAACCGCUGACUCAGAGAGCAGUGCUGCGCAUUCAAAGAGAGAGAGUCUGAACUACCACCUGGGCACGGGGCAUCCUGACAGCCAGAAUACACAUGAACCCUCUUCAGCGGACAAGCCAUCGUCUGGAUGGAGCUGCCGCUGGGCCCUCUGCCUCCUGUCCUUCGUCUUCGUCAUCCAGGGACUCUUCACGUCCCUCCUGGCUCUGAUCAACAGCCUGGUGACACUCGUCGUUCCACGGCUCCUGCACGGCUCCGGAGCCUGCAGCGUCCUGGUUUAUCUGGACCCGGGCCUCUCCAUGCUGGCUGUCAUCACGCUGAUUGCAACGUCUGUGCCGCAGGUGUACAGGUACGGCAUGCUGCUCCUUCAGGUCUCGCCUCCACACAUGUGCGUGUCUGAUGUCGGCCGGAGGCUGGCCGGCGUUCCCGGGGUGCAGGAUGUGCACGAGCUCCAUGUCUGGCAGCUGACCGAGUCGCUCACAGUGGCCUCUGUCCACAUCCACUGCCACGCCGGGUUUACGUCCAACAGCUAUGCCGAUGUGAUGUCAGGAGUCACCAAAGUGCUGCAGAAUGAGGGUGUGAGCUGCAGCACUAUUCAGCCAGAGUUCACUUCCUCCUCUUCCGCGAUCAGAGGAGAUGAAGCCGCCACCUUCGUCCACAGAGAGGACCCCUGCUCUCGUCCUCUCCCACAAUGCAGCCUGGCCUGUGGGAAAGCCUGUGCUGCCAGCAUGUGCUGCUCCCUCCUGGAACGGACAGAGGAGCAGACCCAGAGCGUUCAGAGAUCAGGAACUGGAGAGAGCAAGGAGGAUCCUCAGACUCUGGUCAUCGAGAACACGUUCCUCUGACUCUCUGUUUUUACCUGACAUAAGAAGGUGAAGGCGGAAAAUAGCACGAUGUUUAUCUCUGUUAGUUUUAUUAUAUAAACAGGUGUUAUUCCAAAGAUUUUCUAUCCAUUUUUGUUUCUUUAUUUGAUUAUGGAAAAACUUUACUUUUUCAAUUUCAUAUGGGUGAUGUUAAAUAAAUUCCAGUAUUAUGUAAAAUCAA